GUUGAAGCCGUUUGCCAGUCCGCUUCGAAUCUGACGUUAUACACUACGCCGUCUCACCUACCACCCGCACAGGCUAAAACAACAGAAAACAAAAACAAACACAUCAGUAAUGUCCGCAGCCGUUAUGCAAAGCACCUACCCCACGCAGCACUGUGGGUGUGACUUCUGCAACAGUCGCCGCUCCGUCAACGCGAAGAAGCUGGCAGUGAGCCAGAAGGCCGCCCAACAGCGCGCUGACUGCACCUGCGAGUGCCACACGAAGGGCAGGCAGCAAAACGGCGGCACCGGCUUCGACCCGGAGUAUCCGGCGCCGGUGAACCAGACGGCGCUGAAUGCGUCGCGCGGCCGCAACGGGGUGCCGGGCGGGAAUCAGUACACCAUCAAGAACCAAUCCACGCGUGCUGGGGAGAGUGGCUUGCAGGGCAGUGGCAACGACGCAUCGGCGAAGGAGACGGCCGAGCAGCGUCAGGCCCGCGAGACAGCGGAGCUGGACGGGCUGGAGCGGCUGCUGAUCGCCGAGUACAAGGCACGUACGCAGGCGACAUUGGAGGCGGAACGGCUCAAGGCCAGUUCGACCAACGCAUCCGCACGCCGCCCUCAGCCACUGCCGGAGGGCUACGCGAGCGGUGGCGUCCAAGACAACGACAACGCCGGCUACAACGGUGAGCCGGGGACGUGGGGCCGCAGCGGUCCAGUUGGCAGCGGCAGCUACGGUCAGGACGCCUCGACGAUUCACGAGGCGUACGCGAUGGCGCAGGACUGCCCGGCCACCCCACCGGCGCAGUGUCACGCGUCGCACCGCCUGCAGGACACGAUGGACGACGUGCGCAAGGUCACCGGUGACCCGGUCAACACGAACAACCGCCGUGCCCUGCAGCGCUUGCUCAACAAAAACGGCCUCGGUGGCGGCGAAGACGGCGGCAGCGGGACGAGCUCGACGAGGGGCGACUCCACCGGCAACAAGGGUGCGAGGGAGAACGCGUUCGGCUCCUCGCUGGCGCAGUUGCGCACGAGCACUACGCACCCGCGCGGUGCCGGCGUCGUGUGGGUCCCAACCGUGCCGCUGAAGAGUUCCGUGAAGGACACGGACGUGCUGGUGAUAGAGAACGCGGCGGGGGAAGUUGACCCUGCGGCGUCGGGAUCGGCGACCGGUGUGGCAGCACAGCAGUCGUCCAAGGAGCGCCACGUAACUUACGCCGUGUAA